GGGCCAGCCCUGCAGCUGUGCUAGCAAGCCUGGUGCUCUGGGCAGGACCUGGGGCCCGAACCCCGGCCGUGAAGCGGCGCGAGCCCAGAGAUCCUGAUGCAUCUUUUGGUCUCUCCUUUGCAGCCAGACACGUCCCAGCCGCACUCGCCCGAGAGAGGGCAAUGGCUGCAGCCGGCGCGCCGGAGGCGGCACAGGAACGCAGCUGUACACAGGAAGUGCGUCAGCCGGGCGUCUCCGCAUGUGCGGCUCAGGGUCUGAAUGUCGGGGGGCCUGGAGGUGCCAGGACCCUGUUGGGAUGCGGGACACCCCCUGUCUGCACUGAGUGGGGCUGCGAAAAGCAUCAAGAAACCCCCCCGGCGAAUGGGGGCUGGGAUCUCCUUCCCUCAUCACCGCUGGGAGCCAUGACUACCCCGGGCUCCUGGGUCUCCUUCCGGCCGUUCCCCAAGCUGACCCUUGGCCUGCUGGCCGUCAUGACCUUCUCCUUCCUCAUCCACCUCAGCACCCGGUUCCCCACUGCGAGGCAGAGGCUCCCCUCCCCGAACACAAUGGAGGGGUCCCCGCCCCAUCCUACGGAGCGGGGUAUGUGGACCGUGAACUCCGCUGGGCGCCUGGGGAACCAGAUGGGGGAAUACGCCACCCUCUACGCCCUGGCCAAGAUGAACAGGCGCCAGGCCUACAUCCUCCCGGAGAUGCACCAGCAGCUGGCGCCAUUCUUCCGCAUCACCCUGCCCGUGCUCUCCAGUGACGUGGUCCAGAAUAUCCCGUGGAAGGACUACGGGCUUCAUGACUGGAUGUCGGAGGAGUACAGGCACAUCGAGGGGAAAUACGUCCGGCUGACGGGCUACCCCUGCUCCUGGACCUUCUACCACCACCUCCGGCAGGAGAUCCUCCAGGAAUUCUCCUUCCACGACCACGUCAAGGAGGAGGCCAACCGGUACCUGGCCGGGCUGCGUGGGCAGCGCCGGAACGUGACCUACGUGGGCGUCCACGUCCGGAGGGGGGACUACGUCCAGGAGAUGCCCAAGUUCUGGAAGGGGGUGGUGGCGGACAAGGCCUACCUGGAGAAGGCCAUGGGCUACUUCCGGGCCAAGUACCAGGAACCGGUCUUCGUGGUGACCAGCAACGGGAUGCAGUGGUGCCGGGAGAACAUCAACGCCUCGCGGGGGGACGUGUAUUUCUCGGGGGAUGGGAAGGAGUCAUCGCCGGGGAGGGACUUUGCUCUCUUGGCCCAUUGCAACCACACGAUCAUGACCAUCGGGACCUUCGGCAUCUGGGCUGGUUACCUGGCUGGGGGGGAGACUGUCUACUUGGCCAACUACACCCUCCCCGACUCUCCCUUUCUCAAGAUCUUCAAGCCUGAAGCCGCCUUCCUGCCCCAGUGGAUUGGGAUCAAUGCCGAUCUCUCCCCCCUGCUCAGUGGGACAUCUGGCUAAAGGAGCUCAGCCGGUGGCCACUGGCUGCCAACGGGAUCCACCCACCAGGACUUGGGUGGUUGGCGGACGAGUGGGCACCUGGGACCCCUGGCCGGUUCUGGCUGCGCUGGGGAGAUCGGGGGAGAUUGGAGCUGGGCUAGUGGGGUUCAGAGCCCCACGCGGAGCAGCCAGUGACCUACACCGGACUCAUAGGAGUCUCGAGUGUUGGGACUGUCUCGGUCUGUUGUAUGGUUAGAGCAGAGGGGAGCGGGGGCUGGGAGCCAGGACUCCUGGGUUCUAGUCCAGCUCCAGAAGGUGAGUGGGGUCUGUGAUGGGUUUUUGUCCCCCCCACAGGUGCCACCUGAUGUACUUGGGUACCACUGAGCCCACCUGUUCCCCCCAGCCUGGGGUCCCUUAC